AUGGAGCUCACAGGGGAGGUGACGGGAAAGCGACUGGCUGACCUCUCGAAGCGCCUGGGGCUGCGCCACGUUGUGUUCAGUGGCCUGGAGAACGUGCACCAGCUGACAGGGGGCCGGCUGGAGGUGCUGCACUUCGAUGGCAAAGGUGUGGUGGAGGAGUAUUUCCAGAGAACUGGCGUUCCCACCACGGUCAUCCGGCUGCCGUUCUACUUUGAGAACUUCCUCUCCAUCUUCAAGCCACAGAAGGCCCCACAGGGAGACACCUUUGUCCUGGAGCUGCCCAUGGGGGACACCCCGAUGGACGGGAUGGCCGUGGAGGACGUUGGGGCUGUUGUGGUUUCCCUGCUGAAGUCCCCAGGGCAGUACAUCGGCCAGGUGAUGGGGCUCAGCACCGGCAAGCUCACUGAGGCAGAGUACGCCGCCGUCCUCUCCCAGCAGACGGGCAAGGCUGUGGCAGCCAGCAAGAUCUCACCAGAGGAGUACGAGAAGCGAGACUUCCCUGGGGCCAAGGAGCUGGCUGCCAUGUUCCGCUUCUACGCCCUGAAGCCCGACCGAAACGUGGCCCUGACCAUGAAGCUCAACCCCAAGGCCCGCACCUUCCAGCAGUGGGUGGCAGACAACAAGGCUGCCUUCUGAGCCUCCCCCCUCCCUCCUCUUCCUCCCCAGCUGCUGUGCCAGGUAGGGGAAGCUGCCUGAGGAGGUGAGGUGGCCUGAGCCACGCAGCCUUCCCAGCAGUGCCCCAGGGAGAGGCUGACCCUGCCCCAGCUGGGGAGAGCUUGGUCCAGUGUGCUUGGUCUAUGUGUGAGCUCCUGCAGCUCGGUUUAGACAUCUUAGGCAACUAGAACAGGAGGAAGGGCUGCACAGCACAGGUGGACGGGUGGGAGAAGUGCUGCCUAUGCACACUGUCUUCAGGGUGGUGGUUUUUUAGUAAUUCUGGGUGUUUUAGGGUGGUGGUGGCUCAUUUUCCCAGGAUCGUGCCCUUUCCCAGGCAGCUCUGGGCUUGGUGGGCUAAAGGUGUGUAUCCCUGGGCCCCAAGGCAGUACCUUGGGACACCUUCACAGCAGGUACCCACAGCCAGUGUUGCUGCAGGCUCCUAAGCCAGAAACAGGGAUUUCUCAGUGGACCUGAUUUAGGCACUGCAAGUGAACCAGCAGAGAGCCAGAGCCCUCAAGUCAGACAGCUCUGGGCCUGACCCUUGGGCUCCUGGAGGUAAUUUCCAUCACUUUAGGAUCAUGGAGCUAAUUUCAGUCGCUGUCCCCAGGAGUUGAGUAAAACUCAAAUCUUUCAAGAUGCAGCAGCUUGGAAAUGCCCCUUCCCCUUCACCCUCAUAUGCUCAAGGUACUGCUCAGAUUUGGCAGCUUUUCCUGUGCUUAAAAUCAAUCCCAGCCCCCAGAGAUGCUCAAGCCACCGAACCCUGUCCCUCUUUGUCCCAGAGACCUUCAUUCCUAUUACUGGGGCGGGGAAAGCAGGUGACAGAGCAGGUGGAAGAGUAGACAAGGCAGCAAGGCACAGCACGUGUUAAAUAUCUUUAUGAAGUCCAUCUUAUUUACAUGGAUACAGAAUCACUUUACAGACAGUUUAAUCAGGAGGCAACGCGUGCUUUAUUUCAGCAAAUUAAGAAGGGCAAGACUACAACACGUCCCUGUUUAACUGGUUAUUAGUACGUGGGCUGAUGGUACCUGCACGGUAUCACUAACACAGUAACCAUGGAAUACUCACUGCAAGAGCUCGGCUGCACCUGGAAGGAGUGAUCCACCUCACUUGCACUCUCACACAUGUAAAACAACGAUGCUCUGACCAAUCCUUUACGCUACGGGUGUUGCGCUAAGGUAAUAAAAAGAUUUUUGUCCCAAACUGGC